UCAACUAUACUACUACUUCCACCAACACUACUGACUCGGUGAAACCCCAGCUCCAGCACACACCCCAACACCAACUACCCUUCCUCUCCUUCCGCUUCUCUCUCUCCAUGACUUUUGUACUCCUCUCUACUGUUUCAAAAUCCUGCACAUGCGCAUCAAAUCAUGAAAAAGCUUCCCAAAUUUCUCAUACGCUCCCCUCAAACCGUCGCAUUCUUUUCCCUCCCAUUCGUUUUACUUCUCCUUUUCGUGGAUUUGGUGUCUGGGUUCGGCUCAAUGGGCCCAAUUUCAGCUUCCUUCGGUGACAGCGGCGUCUUCUGUGCCAUUGACGCCAGUGGCAAGCAAGAAGUCAUUUGCUGGGGCAACAAAUCCUACUCUUCCUCGUCUGCAAAUCCACCGCCCAUUUAUCCUGAUGAAGUCCCAGCAAUGGCUGCUCUCACCGGUGGCCGUGGAUUUCUUUGCGGCAUUUUAGCAAAUAGCUCCCAGGCAUACUGUUGGGACUCCACUGGCCUAAUUUCUGAUCUUGUUCCUGCGAGUUUCAAGCCCAAUGCUUAUUUUCACAUUGCGGCUGGUCAGAACCAUGUUUGCGCUAUACGAGGGACUUACUACUCCGAUGGCGACUGGGGUACUGUUGAUUGCUGGGACAUUGUUCCACAAUCGAAAAAUGGCUUGACCUCAAGGCCAAGUACCCUCUUUUAUGACCAGCAUGUGAGUACACUUGCUUUCAAGAAAAUUGUUUCUGGCGAUGGGUUUAGUUGUGGAGUUGUUAGAGAUGGUGGCCUUGUUUGCUGGGGUCCAUAUUCUAAGACUGUGGAAGUUUCCAGCGAACCGGGAGAUCUAUUUAGCAUGACUUCAGGGAUAGAUUCCAUUUGCGGCAUCUCUCGAGUUUCUGGUGGAAUCAAGUGUUGGGGUAAUAAUGAUUCUUUUGGCAUUCUACCAGAUGGGAUUCGCUUCGUUUCGGUGGCAGCUGGAGCAAAACAUUUUUGUGGGAUUCGAGAAGAUGAUCACGGAGUUGAAUGCUGGGGGAAAUUUAAUACGUCUUUGGUUCCUAAGAGUUCUGGUUUUCUUGCCCUUGCUUCCACAGAUUUUGUUACCUGUGGCAUCAGGGAGGCUGAUCUAGUACUUGAUUGUUGGUUCGCAAAUGGUCCUCCGCCUUUAGAUUAUGAUCCUCCGUUGCAGUUAUGCAGUCCCGGAUUAUGCAGCCCUGCUACUUGUGGUGAAGGAAAAUUUGCCUUCAACGCCAGCAUUCUCAAUGAGCCAGAUCUGACCAACUUGUGUGUUCGGAAAGAUCUUAAGAUUUGUUCUCCUUGUGCGCUGAAUUGUUCCGCAGGAUUUUUUACUUCGAGUGCUUGUACUGAGAAUGCUGACAGGGUUUGCACGGCUUGCUCCCUCUGCCAGAACAGCUCUUGCUGGGAUAUUUGUGGGCUCCAAUCUUCGCCGGAGAUGAAGCAGAAGCACCAGCAUCAAUUGCGUGAAUUGCUGCUUAUAAUUGGGUCUUCUGCUUCAGGGUUCAUGUUGAUUUUACUUGGCUGGUACCUCUUACCCCGCGUCGCAUCUGCAAAAAGAGGAGGAGGAGGAGGAAAAAGGAUACAUUUUGCUUCCUGCAUUGGCAAACCUGAGCAGGAGAUUGAAAUCAACGGUGAUCCAAAUCCUCCUUCGUGUGUGGUCCAGUGUCCUGGGAUUGCCCAAGUGUUCCGGCUUUCAGAACUGAAGGAUGCCACCAAUGGUUUCAAGGAGUUCAAUGAGCUUGGUAGGGGAAACAAUGGUUUUGUUUACAAAGCUGUUCUCCCUGAUGGGAGGCAAGUAGCAGUAAAGAGGGCAAAUGCUGCCACGAUAAUCCACACGAAUAGCCGGGACUUUGAAUUAGAGUUGGAGGUCCUUUGUAGGGUUCGCCACGUUAAUAUUGUGAACCUGUUGGGUUGCUGUACAGAGAUGGGAGAAAGGAUUCUGGUUUAUGAGUUUAUGCCUCAUGGGACCCUUCAUGACCACCUUCACGGGGGCCUUUCUCCUUUAAAUUGGGCCAUGAGAUUGAAAAUUGCAAUGCAGGCUGCAAAGGGACUUGAAUACCUGCACAAUGAAGUUGUUCCGCCUAUCGCACAUCGUGAUCUAAAGAGCUCAAAAAUCCUUCUUGAUGCUGAUUGGGGAGCAAGAAUCACUGAUUUUGCACUUCUUACUCCAAAUGAUGGUGAUAUCAGUCAAGACAUGAAAGUUGAUGUUCUCAAUUUUGGGAUUGUGCUGUUAGAGAUUCUCAGUGGGAGAAAAGCUUAUGACGCCGAUUGCCAGCCGCCGAGUCUAGUUGAUUCCGCUUUGCCUCUAAUUAGACAGGGCAAAGCUGCUGCCAUCAUUGACCGGUGCAUAGGUUUACCAAGAAACGUUGAACCCCUACUUAAACUUGCAGAUAUAGCAGAGCUUGCUUUGAGGGAAGAUCCGUGCAAACGGCCCAGCAUGUCGGAUUUGGUACUUUUGUUGGAGCAUCUAGUGAAGGAGGGAUUGUUAUUGUAGUUUAAAGUUGGAGCUUUGAUUUUAUUCCAUUCUUUAAUCUAAUUAUCCAACAAACAAAGACAUAAAAUAGCAGAUUCUGGUAAAUACUGCUCUUGGGCAACUGUACAUUUUCAAUGAGCUUCUUGUAAAUUAUGUUGC